UUUGUUUUUUACUUUAAACGAGUACUUCUCACUAAUACGUGUGUUUUUUUUUUAAUCUACUUAUUUGCGCAUGCGUUCCGGUUUCGAAAAGUGGAAUCAUUUAACUUCCUUUUGCGCACAAGUUGGAUAAUCCCCGAGACGACAAGAAUCGACUAUUUCGGGACAUAUAUGAAUUAUGGAUUUACUCAGGAGGCGAUUCUUGCAGAAGAGCGACAAUGUAUAACAUCUCUUUGCGCCAUUUGUAUUGCACAUGCGCUCAGGAGGACACAAUCUGGCGUCACGCAACAAACAAGUCCAAGAAGCAAGGCGUGGGGUUCAUACGUGGAUAUUUAAUAACUAUUUUGCUUUGUGAUUUACUCGGAGUUUCUUUGGGUGCAAGUGUAUCCGGACCCAAAGUGGAACAUGAGGGUCUUUGUCCCAACAAGCUGAAUAACAAUCUUUGGGUUGACGCACAAAGCACCUGCGAGAGAGAAUGCAACGUUGAUGAGGAUUGUGCUGAAUUUGAGAAGUGCUGCACCAACGUGUGCGGCCUCAACAGUUGCGUCGCCGCACGUUUCUCAGACGGGACCCCAGCUCAGCCUGAUGGCCUUGGCGGAGGUAAAGGGGACGGCCAAGGCUCGGCAGCGACAUGCGAGGGUUUCAUCUGCAGCCAGCAGGGCGCCACUUGCGACAUCUGGGACGGCCAACCCAUCUGCAAGUGUCGGGAUCGCUGCGAGAAGGAGCCCAACUUCACCUGCGCCUCCGACGGCCUCACGUACUUCAACCGCUGCUACAUGGACGCCGAGGCCUGCAUCCGAGGCGUGGAGCUAAGCGUAGUCGCCUGCCGAUUCUACCUCGCCGGACCCCACACCAGCCCGCUACCUCAGGACACGACCGCUUAUCCAACCCCGACGUCCUCACAAGAGGACCCGAUGCCGCCUACGUUGUACUCCAACCCCCACCACCAGUCCAUAUACGUCGGGGGAACGGUCAGCUUCCAUUGUGAUGUCAUCGGCGUCCCCCGACCUGACGUCACGUGGGAGAAACAGAGCGAGCGACGUGAGCGUCUCGUCAUGAGACCCGAUCAAAUGUACGGCAACGUGGUCAUCACCAACAUCGGGCAACUUGUCAUCUACAGCGCUCAGGUCUGGGACACCGGCAUCUACACCUGCAUCGCACGCAACUCGGCGGGGGUUCUUCGCGCUGACUACCCUUUAUCCGUAAUACGCCGCGCUGAUGACGACUUCUCGGAGGAUCCGGAGAUGCCCAUGGGGAGGCCGUUCUCGCCGGCAGACUGCCUGGCUGAAGUGGACGCCAGAGCGUGCAGCGGUGAGCGCCACGUGGAUUGGUUCUACGACAGCAAGCUGGGAUCCUGCUUGGCCUUCAGCAACGGCGGAUGCGAGGACAGCCGCAACCGAUUUGAGACUUUUGAGGAGUGCAAGGCGUCCUGUCAGAGGGACGGAAUGGGGGUCUGCUCCCUGCCUGCCGUUCAAGGGCCGUGCAAAAGCUGGGAAGUGCGUUGGGCUUGGAAUAUCGUGAUGAAAAAAUGCCAAGCGUUUGCCUUCGGCGGCUGCCACGGGAAUGCCAACAGCUUCCAAACGAAGAAGGAAUGUGAAGCAAAUUGCCCCACGCCCAAAAGGAAACCUUGCAAGACGUGUCGUCUUAAAGGGAAGAUGGUGCCCAGUUUAUGCCGCAGUGAUUUUGCCAUCGUGGGGAGGCUGACCGAGCUGGUUGAGGAUCUGGAUUCUGGGUUAGCACGUUUUAGCUUAGAAGAGGUUCUCCGUGAUGAAAAGAUGGGCUUGUCUUUCUUCAACACCAAGCAUCUGGAGGUGACGAUAGACAAGAUAGACUGGAGUUGUCCCUGCCCAAACAUCACCGUGGAGGAAAACCCUCUGCUGGUGAUGGGGGUGGUGCAGGACGGCAUGGCCAUCAUCCAGUCGGACAGCUAUGUCAGAGCCAUAACCGAACGCAGACUCAAGAAGCUGCGAGACGUUCUGGUUAAAAAGACCUGUCAGACAUUGUAAAAAAAAAAAGAAAAACAAAAAAAAACUCCCAGGACUUGUUAUUGCACAAAUGGCUGCAGGAACAAAUGGCCCUGUGGAACAUUUAAGUACUCAGGCUGCCAUAAGUCAAAUUAUACAUGAUGUCACAGGAGCGUUAUUAUUAUUAUUAUUAGUAGUAGUAGCAUCUAUCUUCUACUUUAAAAGUAAUUCACAGAGUUUUGGUCAAAAAAGUGUUUAUUUUCAUUUUUUUUGUCCAGAAAAUUGACCAUUUAUUCCACAGAAAACACAUCUAAAUUCACUCUGAGUAAUAAUUUCUAAAUAUGUGAAUACAUGUAAAAUGUAAAGCAUACACAUACCAGCCCACAUCUUAUUUUUACAUGUCUUAAUGCUUCAAUUAUUGUGUUUUUUUUUUUUUUUUUU